UGACUGAUAUCUGGGCGAUUAUGACCAGUUGGUACGAGGAUCACUGGGACUGCGAGCGCGCCGGCGCCUGCUCGACCGUUACCGUCACGCAGCUGGGUAUUGAUGCCACCGUCACCGACUACGAUGGGUUCAUGAACUCGAUGAACAGCGCCUACUCAACUUCGGGCAUUUCUUUCAGCGGUGAACAUGUCUUCAUCUUCACGUCGCUGUACACGUACUCGGGUGGUAGCUUUACGGGCUACGGGGUGUACGACUCGCAGGCCCUGACCCAGGCCGGAUACAACGUCAUCACCGAGGUGCAUACCACCACUACCUGCCCGACGAGCUACACGCUGCCGCCGUCGCCCACGGGGUCCAUCUGUAGCCCUCAUGGAGACCACUGUGAGUUUUUCUUCCCCGCUUUUUUCUUUCUUUUUUUUCUUCUUUCUUCCUUUUCUCUCCCACUGCAAGUGAGCAUCCCACAUUAUCUGACCGCAUAAAAUGCAACAGGGCACUGCGACGCAACCCCUGUCCCCGAGCACACCUCUCUCCCGAGCGAGGACGAGGAAUGUGAGGCCCACGACGACCACUGGCACUGCCCUCCCGGCGUUGAAGAGCCACCGUACCCUCCUGGUGGCGAAAUGGGCGGCAACGAAGAUGCCGAUGGCGACGGGGACGAGGACGAGGAUGAAGAGGAUGAACCCGGGACUUCCCAGGGACCCCAACCGGGCCAACCCACGACGGACAUAGUCGAGGAGGGCGGAGCUGCGGGGCUGGGAGUCAUGGCCAA